AUGGGUGCUGGUGGCAGAAUGUCUGUUCGCCCUGAGGGCAAGAAGUCUAAAACAGACAUCCUCCAGCGAGUUCCAUACUCCAAACCUCCAUUCACACUGGGGGAGGUCAAGAAAGCCAUCCCACCCCAUUGUUUCCAGCGAUCCAUUCCUCGCUCUUUCUCCUAUGUCGUUUACGACUUAGCCAUAGUCUCUCUAUUCUACUACAUUGCCACCAGUUUUAUCCAACUCCUUCCUCACCCUCUCUCCUACCUAGCCUGGCCACUUUAUUGGAUAUGCCAAGGCUGUGUCCUAACCGGUGUUUGGGUCAUAGCCCAUGAGUGUGGCCACCAUGCCUUCAGUGACUAUCAGUGGCUGGAUGACACUGUUGGCCUUAUCCUACACUCCGCUCUCCUUGUCCCAUACUUUUCUUGGAAAUAUAGUCAUCGCCGCCACCAUUCCAACACGGCCUCCCUUGACCGCGAUGAAGUAUUCGUGCCUAAACCCAAGUCGAGCCUAAAAUGGUAUGCCAAAUACAUUAACAACCCACCUGGGAGAGUCCUCACACUCGUCUUGACACUCACUCUAGGCUGGCCUUUGUAUCUUUUAUUCAAUGUUUCUGGCCGGCGUUAUGAUCGCUUUGCAUCGCACUAUGAUCCAUACGGGCCUAUUUACUCGGAUCGUGAGCGUAUUCAGAUAUACCUUUCUGAUGCUGGUGUUCUUGCUGCCACUUGUGGGCUUUAUCGUCUAGUGGCAGCAAAAGGACUAGCUUGGGUUAUCUGUGUUUAUGGAGGUCCAUUACUUGUUGUCAAUGGAUUUCUUGUGUUGAUCACAUUUUUGCAGCAUACUCACCCUUCAUUGCCUCAUUAUGAUUCCUCCGAAUGGGAUUGGUUGAGAGGUGCUUUGGCUACGGUUGACAGAGAUUAUGGGAUUCUAAACAAGGUGUUCCACAAUAUUACCGAUACCCAUGUGGCACACCAUCUCUUCUCGACGAUGCCACAUUAUCAUGCAAUGGAGGCCACAAAGGCGAUCAAGCCAAUAUUGGGAGAUUAUUAUCAAUUCGACGGGACUUCGAUUUUUAAAGCAAUGUGGAGAGAAACAAAGGAAUGCAUUUAUGUUGAGCAAGAGGAUGGUGAGAAGAACAAGGGUGUCUUCUGGUACAAAAACAAGAUUUGA